AUGUUCGCUUGUUCUGUUCUAAACGGAGAGAUUAUUGUUGUUGCAGGUGGAUUCACGAGUUGCAGGAGAUCGAUUUCUGAGGCAGAGAAGUUCUUGAGAGUGUUAAGCUGGGAUGGGAGGUGGCCUCAGGGUCCGAUUGCUGUUGUUGAGGAUGUGGUUUAUGUGUUGAGUCAUGGAGUUGUGUAUAAGGAGGAGGAUGAGACGUGGAAGAUGGUUGCGUCGGCGUCGGAGUUUAAAGCCGAGGAUUGGGAUGGCGAUGGGGUGUUUGAGUGA